UGCUUUUGUAAGUUUUCUUUGAAGGAGAAGAGAGCAGUUUGAACACAGAACUUGGAUGUUGCUGCUCUGCUGGAGAGGGUAGACUUGGGUGGAGGAGCAGAGAACUCUGCAGCUCUGGGGCUGUUAGGAGUCAGUGUGGGGCUGCAUCUCUUGAGCAGGCAGCUCUUGCUCAUCUAUCACGUGCAGCCUGGACCAAAGGCUUGGAAAUUCGACAUUUAGAUUAAAAAACCCUCUUACGAUAGACCUUACUUUUCAAGCUCUGACAUCAGGCAGCGGAGAGAGACUGUCAUUAAUUCCCAUCCGUAUCGAUAGAAGGUGCCCCAGAGAGGAGCAGAGGCAGCUUGGUCAUUGUUACAUUAGCACAUUGGUUCCUUUCAUUCUGCCCUGGAUGGACAGUCCCAGAGUGCAAAAAGGGAAAAACUGAGAUGAUGUUGCAUUUGAGAGGAAUGCACAGAGUCAAUUUUAGAGUCAAGGAUGGAAGGUAGAUCUGAAUCUUUGUCUACUCAGUAGCUGACAAAUGCGCUCUGAUGAGGUGUCAUCUCGUUAUGCAUUGAGUUCAUCACUACCUGCAGUGAGACAAUGCUGAAACUAUAGUGCUGACAGCACUGAGCAUCUGAUGUGAAAUAGCUAGUUGGGAUCAGUAGUCUGAUUCAGACAUCAGGAUUGACUCAAAAAGGCAACAUGAAAGAAACUCGGAAACCACGUGCAGACGACAAAUUCUGCGGCAUUUCCAGGCUUAAGUUAUUUCUGCUGGCGCUGGCACUUGCAUUUAUUGGUAAAACAAUGACUGGUGCUUACUUGAACAGCAUGUACACACAGAUAGAGAAGCAAUUCAACAUUCCAGCAUCUUUAGUGGGGAUCAUUAAUGGAAGCUUUGAAAUUGGUAACCUGCUGCUGAUAGCAUUUGUGAGCUACUUUGGAGGAAGGUUUCACAGACCCAAAAUAAUUGCUUUGGGCUGCACAGUUUUUGCAUUUGGCUGUCUUUUGACAUCAUUUCCUCAUUUCCUAUUUGGAAGGUAUCAUAUUGAAAGCAGCAUUUCACCACAGGAAAAUUCUUCAGUCGUGCCUCUGUGCCAUGCUAACCAAAGCUUAUUCUCUUUACCUACAGAGGAACCAUCAACAGAGUGUGAAAAGGAGCCUGGGUCCUUGCUGUGGGUAUUUGUGAUGGUUGGAAACUUAAUACGAGGAAUGGGUGAAACUCCCAUUGUGCCUUUAGGCAUUUCGUAUUUGGAGGAUUUUGCCAAAACAGAGAAUUCACCUUUCUACCAGGGUUGUCUACAUACUGCAACAGUAAUUGGCCCCUUUCUUGGUUACUUGUUGUCAUCAUUCUGUGCAAAACUGUUUGUUGAUCUGGAAUCCGUAGAUGCAGGAGACCUAACUAUAACACCUGCUGAUGUCCGCUGGGUUGGAGCAUGGUGGCUGGGCAUUUUGAUUUGUGCAUUAGUGAAUUUUCUCGCAGGGCUACCUUUUUGGUUUUUGCCCAGGUCACUUGUGAAGGAAGGGGAAAACAAUGAAUCCGAGGAGACAUAUAAAAAGAUAGGAGUACUACUGGAAGAAAAUGAACAAAAGGAAGCCAAACAGACCAUGUAUGAAAUUGCUAAAGAUUUCAUCCCAUUCCUCAAGGCUUUGCUUCGCAACUCAGUUUAUAUGUUAUUUAUAGUUAUAUCUGUGCUACAGUUCAGCGCCUUCAUUGGCAUGAUAUCCUUCAUGCCUAAAUAUUUGGAACAGCAAUUUGGAAAAUCUGCAUCAGAUGCCAUCUUUUUAAUUGGUGUUUACAACAUACCAAUUAUAUGCCUUGGGUACUUUUUUGGAGGCUUAUUCAUGAAGAAAUUCAAGAUAAAUACCUACCAGGCUGCGCAUAUAGCAUGUUGGGUAACUUUUCUGGAUUACCUUCUAUACUUUAUUGCCUUUUGGACUAUCUGUGACACUUCACCAGUUGCUGGCCUAACGGUUUCCUAUGAAGGAAUAGAUCAAUUGUCAUAUGCAGAAAAUACUCUACUUGCUGACUGCAACAGAGAUUGUGAUUGCACACUUAAAGUGUGGGACCCAGUUUGUGCAAACAAUGGAAUCACUUAUGUGUCGUCUUGUCUGGCUGGGUGUAAGGCCUCAACAGGAACUGGAAAAAGUGUGGUAUUUGAGAAUUGCACCUGUGUUGCAACCUCAGCAUUUUCAUUUCAAAAUGCCUCUGCAAUUCUGGGCCAAUGUGACAGAGGAGAAAACUGUGACAAGAUGCUUCAUUAUUUUUUAAUACUGCAAUUAGUCGGCAGCUUCAUUUUUUCCUUAGCAGCAAUGCCUGGGUACAUGGUCUUAAUAAGGUCUCUAAAGCCUGAAGAAAAGUCCCUUGGAGUGGGUAUCCAUGAACUAGCUGCAAGAGUACUUGCUGGAAUUCCAUCUCCCAUUUUUUUUGGAGCUUUGAUAGAUACCACAUGCAUGAAAUGGGGUACUAAGUCUUGUGGUGGAGAAGGAGCAUGUCGGAUGUACGACAUUGUCAAAUAUAGGUGGAUCUACCUUGGCCUGCCAGCAUUAUUACGUGGAGUGUCUUUUAUCCCAAGUGUAAUAACUCUCUUUAUUUUAAAGAAGAAACUUACGUCUGAACGCAACGUCUCAUUAAAUGCACCAGUAGAACUGCAGGAUAAAGAACAAUAAGCAUUGAAAUAGUAUUUCAAAGCAGGAUAUAUUGUGAAAAAACCUUGCAGUGUAAAUUUUGGACAAAUCCUUGUGAAAGAUUUCUUAUUUUAAUUAGUGAACUUCUGGACAGAGAUUAAUAGAUUUUCACAAAGUCACACCCUAAUUAUAUUCUCAUAUUAUUAUCAGUUCAUAAACAGGAGUUAUAGGAAAGUUGUGUUUGGUUCAAAGUUACAAGGAGUAGAAAUAAGAAAACUUACGAAAUGCCAGGUUUGAGUCAUAUGAGCAAAGGAGUACAAAGCAGACGCAUACAGUUUCAAUCCUGGUUUCAUUGAAGGUAGUGAGAGUUUUGCAACUGACUCCAGUGAUGCUAGAUUUUGUCCUGGAAUUCUUCAAUGGCUUCUGCCACAGCCUAUCUCAUUGACUGUAGACAAGACAUGAAGCUUUUUGGGGGAGUUUUUCAUGAACUUAUAAUGUUGUCAGUUUUUUCAAGCAAGGUCUGUAUGGUAUUCUGUGCAGUGUAGGUGGUCAAUAUACUGGGAACUUAGUUUAUGACAUGUGCUGCGGUAAUAACAAAUACAAAUAAAAAACAAUUUUA